UGUGUGGGUGCGAUCUGCCUCACUUUGAGAUUUUUGACAGAAGUAAUCUAGCUUUCAGAAGUUUCGAUCCUCGAAUGUUUCCAAAUUUCUCUGUGCCGAAGGAACCUAGUGAAAAUGUGUUGAUUUUUUAAUAUAAACCCCGUUCGAGAGUUUACCCGUGUCAGCUGCUAUCUAAUGCAUCACCGACUGACUGCAUGUAUCUUUCGACAAUCUUCAAAGUGUUGAAAAUGAUAUAUCAGUGUUUUUGGUUCUUCACGACCUGCUUUUCCUUCCUCUUCAAUGCCCUAUGGCUAUGUUGUAAUUUCGCCUCAGUCGGCAUCCCGUGGCUUAUGCUGUUAUUCUUUCUGAUUUGCAUCGCUUCCAAGUUUGUAAAACUGAAAUGUCCUGCGGGGGAAGUAGUUCAAUCGAUGCUUCAUAGAACCGAAAAGGAGGUAGGCUCCGAAGUGCUGUACUGGCCUAUCGUUUGUAGGGGUGGGGCAUUUGAUGCACCAGAGAAUUCACUUGCGGCAAUCAAUCAAUGUUUAUCACAAAAGUGUUACAAUAUUCUACUUGAUUUAAGCAUAACAAGCGAUGAUCACUUGGUGGUACUUCAUCGAACGACUUUAGAGAAAGCGAAUAUAACCGAGCCCAUCCACAAACUAAAACUAAGCGUGUUAGAACAUUUUAACAUCUCGGAGCAUCAUCCUCUAGGGCAACAUUUCCAACUAGAGAAAAUCAUUACAUUCGAAAGAUUACUGAAGUUGCUAGAAACGAACGAACUAACAGUGUUCCUGCUAGCUUCCCACACCAGUACCAAGUUAACUGAGUUGCUGCGGGAUGCGAUUGCCAGGAACUCUAUCUUUACUAAGCGAAUUGUUUUCUGCUGCUCAUCACCGGUAGCUAUUUAUCAGUUACGUCAGCACUGCCCCGAUCUAGUUUGCGGUUUGUGGAUGGACAAGUCUACACUCUCCCGUACCCAACAGUAUUUAAACGCAUCGACAAUUUUGAUGUCUAUCUAUGGUGCCAUCUUUCGCAACAUCGUUGCACCUGUCAUCGGCAUUAGUCUAGUGUUUAUCCACAAAGAAGAAUUCAACGCGCAAAUAUCAACUCUUUGGCACAACGUCGGUGUGCGACCCAUAGUUUAUACAAUCAAUUCUCCAAACGAAAAACGAUAUUUUCAGCAAGUAACGAAAACACAGUAUUUGACCGAUUCACUGCGCUCUGAGCCGCAAAUCAUCUUCAAAACAAAGCGCAAGUGAGCAGAUAUUGUGAACUAACGGUUCUAGUGAAUUCGGGAACUUCGUACUAUUGCGGCAGCAUUUAUUUAUUUAUUUGUAACCUCUAGUUUAGUUUAGCAUAAAGUCAGAAACGAAUCGUCGCGUACGGUGAAUAAUGUUGCUUUUUUACUGAUGCUUUAACAAUUAGGUCUUCAAAGAUUGCAGCUUAUUUCGUGUCAAGCACUAUACAGCUAACGAAUAAGACCGUAUUUUUACAUUGUAUUUAUCUCGUGAAGUUUUGUGUACCUUUUAGUUUAAUCUUUUGUUAGGUUCGAAUCGUACCGUUUUUUUUCAAAUGUGAGAGAUAUAUCCUUUUUUAUACUAUUUUAUUUGUACAUAUGUGAUGUAUUGUUCAUGUAACAACCCAGUAUUCAUUUAGAAUAUUUUUUCUGAUGGCUAUUUUUAAAAUCAUGGUCAGCUUGUCCAGGAACUUUCGUAACAUCAUUAUUUUAGCUGAACGAAGUGGUAUAGUACUAUGAUGUAUGAUGUUUGCAGUGUUUUUUCACAUUUUCUGGCUUCUAAUAUUCACGAAUGAAGUGAUAAAAUUGCUUUUAUGCAUCGAGAAAAUAAAUUAUAUAAUAUUUGUUUUGUAUCAAAAUGUGCGAAU